AUCGAAUCUUAGCUCUUAAGUUUAUGUUAGCUUUUUUUAUGGUUCUUUUUUUUUUCAAUUUUAUUUUGAACAGAUAUUUGAAAACGAUUCCGUCUCCUGCUCCAAAUUGUCCCUUCAUUAUCUGCUGCCCUUUUCUUCUUCCUCUGUUUCAGUCUUGUUUCACGAUUUUCAUGCCCUUUUUCAUUUCUAAGAUUUGAGAGCCUUCUCUAAGUAUAAUUCGGACAAUGUAAUCUAGCAUUGGAGUCCACGGGUAAGACAAGAUCUGCUACAGAGAACAAGGCCAUGGGUAUCAUCUUCUCUCUGGGUUUUCUCCUGUUUUCUUUGAUCUCCGCUCCAUGGCUGUCGGUUGCUCUCACUAACCCUGACGAUGUGGCGGCCAUCAGUGGCCUGUACCUUGCUCUAGGCUCACCCCUGCUUCCUGGUUGGGUUGCAUCUGGGGGAGACCCUUGUGGCGAGGCAUGGCAAGGCAUACUUUGCAAUGGUUCCGAGGUUCAAACCAUAACUCUCAAUGGCGCGAAUCUUGGGGGAGAGCUCGGCCAUGGCUUAGAUAUGUUCACCUCUAUCGAGAAAAUAGAUUUAAGCAACAAUCGCAUUGGCGGAAGUAUCCCUUCCACGUUGCCUGUUACCUUACAGAAUUUGUUCCUUUCAGACAACAAGUUUACAGGAAGCAUUCCAGAAUCUCUUUCCUCCUUAAAAUUGCUGGCAGAUAUGUCCCUGAACAAUAACCUUUUGUCUGGAGACAUACCCGACGUCUUUCGAGAUCUUGGCGGUCUGAUCAAUUUAGAUUUGUCUAGCAACAAUCUGACUGGGGUAUUGCCUCCUUCCAUGCAGAGCUUGUCCACUCUUACAACCUUACGUUUGCAGAACAAUCAACUUUCAGGAAAACUCGACAUUUUGCAGGACCUUCCGCUCAAGGAUUUGAAUGUCGAGAACAACCUUUUCAAUGGACCUAUACCAGACCCGUUACUGGACAUACCGAAUUUCAAAAAAGAAGGGAACCCUUUCAAUCUCACCAUUGCACCAUCACCUGGACCUGAACCUGCGUCGCCAAAAAGUCCGCCUUCACCUGUGCGACCCUUUUUCAGACAGCCGUCCACCAACACGUCUUCUGGCCGUGGUCAGACACAGCCUCGAUCACACGGAAGGCCUCCCCCUCCUCGGCCAUCCUCACCAGAGGUGGCUGAAAAGCCAAAAUCAGUUGCCUCUACAAGAAUUGUCUGGAUAACUAUUGGUGGGGUUGUUUCCUUUAUAGUUUUGGCACUGGCUUGUCUGCUUUGCUUUCCAAAGAGUAUCAGAAGAAGAAAAGACAGCGAUUCGAUAUGCAAAGCACCAAGGGAGAGCGAAAAACUCCAUAAAGUUUCAAAAGAUUCAAUGGUAAGACCAAAGGAGGUUGAGAGAAUAGGAGGAGCUCCAAAGCUGCAGGGUGAGGCAGAGAGAAAUAUACAAAGUGCAAGAGCAAUUCCCAGCCAUGAGAUAGACAUGAGCUAUUUCGAUACAAAUUUGAUACCGCCACCUCCCCCACCACCUCCUCCUAUCAUCAAAAGGGUCACUGAAACUGAUAAAGUUCCAACCACUGCUAUGAACGAUAGACCGUCAACAUCUGUGAGGCGUUUCACCAUUGCUUCUCUUCAACAGUACACAAAUAGCUUUUCCCAGGAAAAUCUUGUUGGGUCUGGCAUUCUUGGCAGUGUCUACAGGGCAGAGCUCCAUGGGGGAAAGACACUUGCUGUGAAGAAAUUGGACAAGAAGGCUUCAAAUGAUCAGGCAGAUGAAGAAUUCACCCGGCUAGUGAACAGUAUAAACAGAAUCCGGCACGCUAACGUUGUUCAACUUGUGGGUUACAGUGCCGAGCAUGGUCAGCAGCUUCUGAUCUACGAGUAUUGCGGAAAUGGUACACUUCAAGAUUUGCUACAUUCUGACGACGACAGGAUGAAGAUUAAACUUUCGUGGAGCUCCCGUGUUAGGAUGGCACUAGACGUUGCCAAAGCUCUGGAGUAUCUGCAUGAGAUCUGCGACCCGCCUGUUAUUCACCGAAAUCUCAAGUGUGCAAACAUUCUCCUCGACGAUGAUCUUAACGUGCAUGUCUCGGACUGUGGCCUGGCUCCGUUAAUCUCCUCGGGUUCUGUGAGUCAGCUGUCUGGACAUCUCUUAGCAGCAUAUGGAUAUCGAGCUCCGGAGUUUGAAAAUGGGAUAUACACGUCGAAAUGCGACGUGUACGGUUUUGGAGUAGUUAUGUUAGAGCUCUUGACGGGUCGGAAGCCGUAUGACAAGAACCGUAAUCGGAAUGAGCAGUUUCUGGUCCAAUGGGCGAUCCCCCAGCUCCAUGAUAUCGAUGCAUUAUCCGGAAUGGUCGAUCCAUCUCUCAAUGGCGAAUAUCCCGCUAAGUCUCUGUCACAUUUUGCUGACAUUAUAUCACGUUGCGUUCAGUCGGAACCAGAGUUCAGGCCGCCGAUGUCCGAAGUCGUCCAGGACCUCUCCGACAUGAUACGAAGGGAGCAUCGAAGAAACGGUUCAAACGGAGACUAGUUUUCUUUCAAAAGGUCGGAUCAUCUCGCCGGACAUGGACAUGCGAAUGGCUCUGUUCCAAGCUGUAGUUGUCAGUCAUUGUAUUAUUCCUUCCGAUUGUUUUUUUGUGAUCAUCUUUAUUUGUUCAAUUUUUAAGCGUAAAAUGAGAAUAUAUAUAUAUAUAUAGAAAAAGAGUAUCUUUCUGCUGUA